GGCGUUCAUUCAACACCGAAGGAAGUUACCGCGAUGGGUGUCUUCCAAACCCUGAUGAAAAAGAAGGAACUCAUCCCCUUGGCCGUCAUCAUAACGGUGGCCGCGAGUGGAGCCUCGUCUUUUGCCAUCUAUUCGCUGAAAAACAAAACUGAUGUGAUUAUUGACCGGAAAAAAAAUCCAGAACCUUGGGAAACUGUGGAUCCUACUGUACCUCAAAAGCUUAUAACUAUCAACCAGCAGUGGAAGCCCGUUGAAGAGCUGCAGAAGGUCAGACGGGCAACCAGAUGACCAGUCCUUGCUUCUGUCUUCCAAAGAUUACUCUAUGAAUCUAGUGGAAACAUUUCUGCACAAACUAUAUUGUGGAGACCAGUGUGCGGAAAUGCUUCUGCUACAUUUUUAGGGUUUGCCUACAUUUUUUUGGACUCUGGAUAAAGGAAUUAAAGGUAGUGCUGUAAUAACCACCUAGUCCGGAAGUUUCCGUUUAUUGUUGUAAAUGUGAAUUUUACAUGGAGAAAAUCCUAUCUUUAUGAAAAAUGUGUUCCUUGACAUGUAUAAAGAUUUGUAAAUUAGAUUAUCAGUAAUAAAAUACCACUUGUGUAA